AGUCGCGCAGGUUGGCUUUUUACUUCCUCGAUAUCCAGGCAGUGUUGACAGCGCUGCACUAUGAAAUUACUCACUUUAUUAAGUUUAUUCGUAACGUAUUUAGUUACGGACUGCAUUAAUAUCGAGAAUACAGCAGGCCAGUUCUUUAGCAGCGGUCAUACAAACAACUGGGCUGUUCUGGUGUGUACCUCCAGGUUCUGGUUCAACUACCGACAUGUGGCCAAUUCUCUGUCGGUGUACAGGAGCGUAAAGAGGCUGGGCAUCCCUGACAGUCAUAUAGUUCUGAUGCUGGCCGACGACAUGGCUUGUAACCACAGAAAUCCUAAACCGGCUACAGUGUUCAGCCACAAGAACAUGGAGCUCAACGUCUACGGAGACGACGUUGAGGUGGAUUACCGUGGAUACGAGGUGACAGUGGAGAACUUCCUGCGAGUCUUGACUGGACGGCUUCCCCCCAGCACUCCUCGCUCCAAACGCCUCCUGUCUGACGACCGAAGCAACAUCCUCAUAUACCUCACUGGUCACGGUGGGAACGGCUUCCUUAAGUUUCAGGAUUCGGAGGAGAUCAGCAACGUGGAAUUGGCUGAUGCUUUUGAGCAAAUGUGGCAGAAAAGAAGGUACAACGAGCUGCUCUUCAUCAUCGACACUUGUCAGGGCGCCUCUAUGUACGAGAGGUUUUACUCUCCAAACAUCAUGGCUCUGGCCAGCAGUCAGGUCGGGGAAGACUCCCUGUCGCACCAACCAGACCUGGCUAUAGGAGUCCAUUUAAUGGAUCGCUACACCUUCUACCUGCUGGAGUUCCUGGAGGACAUCCACCCGGCGAGCAAAGCCAACAUGAAUGACCUGUUCAAAGUUUGUCCCAAGAGUCAGUGCGUGUCCACUCCGGGUCAUCGGACCGACCUUUUCCAGAGGGAUCCGGGAAGCGUCCUCAUCACAGACUUCUUCGGCAGCGUCCGCAAAGUCGAGAUCACCACUGAAGUUGUAAACUUAACGGACCCCAUCGAGCAAGUGGACGAGAGCCCUGCGAAUGGAGAGGCGCGUGAAGAGAUGUACUCGUACGUGGACCAGCUGCCGGUGUCUGAGAUCAUCCAUCAGAAACCAAAGCAGAAAGACUGGCAUCCUCCUGAUGGCUUCAUCCUGGGCCUGUGGACUUUAAUCCUGCUGGUGUUUUUCAAGACCUACGGUGUUAAACAUCUAAAGCACAUCUUCUAAGGAUCCGGCGCAGACGCAGCUGGACAUCCCAGGACCCAGGGAGUCUUUCCUGAAGGGGUAUUUGGGAAGAAGCUGCAGUUUGUGAUGGGUUUUUAUACCUGAAUGUGGGAAGAUGAGCAACAGAAACUACUGAUUUGUAUAAAGCUCCAUAAACUAUUGGUGCCUUUUUUAUGUUUUAAAGCUGCAGUAUGUAACUUUUAUAAAAAUAUGUUGUUUUUUUACCGUCUUUAAUAAAACUGUCACCAUGUCGUGACAGUGUAAGACAGAUAAUCUGUGAAAAAAAUGUAGCUCUUCCAUGAGCUAUUACUGUGGUCUGCAAAAAUGCACAAAAACAACCAAUCAGAGGCAGGAGGCGGGUCUUAGGGCUGUCAAUCAAUGUGCUAAGGGUGGAAGUGAUGUUUUUUAUUUGUUUUUCUGUUAUGCGUGUUGUUUUCUAUUCUUAUUGAUAUUUGUUUACUUCGGUGACUAGGUUGUAAAAUGUGAAUCUUGUAUAAUUUUUUUUUACAAUUUUUUUGGUAUUAUACCAAAAAAAUUGCAGCAUUCGUGGCAGGUUAUGUGUGUUUUACUAAGGUUCAGCUUGGCAAAAAAACAAGUGGGAGUGGUGAAUAUGAGAGUGAUUGACAGCGCUAAGACCCGCCCCCUGGCUCUGAUUGGUUGUUUUUGAUUGAGCGUUGUAUUUCUUCAGUUUUUUUGUUUUUUUUGCAGAUUAUCCGUUUGAUUAUGACGUUUCCAGUGGAGAGAAUAAAAAACAGCAUCUGUUCCUGCUUUUCUACUCUUAAAGAAAACAUGUAUUUAUGUCCUGUUAUUAAUUGUCAAUGACAUUGCAGAGCUGACUAAGCGCUUUUGAAAUUUUUGAAAAUCGGGAUCUUGCUACUGUCUUGUAAAAGUAACUGAGGAUCUUAUGUGAGCAACAUGAAGUAACUCAUAACAGAGGAGUGGAUGGAGUAAAAAAGAAUGUUAAGUACAAGAAUGAAAUUCUAAUAUUAGCAGAGUAAAGUCCGUUAAUGAGAAUAACUGUUUACUGUACGACUUUAUUCUUGUCAUUACAUUUUUUUCUUAGCCUGGCCCUUUCGCUCUGUGGUAGAAAGAAAAUGGUGGAAAGUUGUAUGUAAAUUUUUUUUCCCAGGUUUUCUAAAAUUUCUACCUCUUCUUCUCUACAAAAAUAGCUUGAGGUCAGUCGGAUAUGACCCAGAGGGAUUCUGAACAUUAGUUUUCGAGUUUUCUUUUACAUUGACAUUAGGAUUAAGGCUUGGAUUUUGACUGAGCCAUUCCAUAGUAGGUUUUUGCUGUAUAUUUAGUUCAGCUGGACGUCCGCCACAGCCUCCGGUCUGCUGUUCGUUCAUCUCUUUCCAUUUUUAAAUGAUGGAAUGAAUGUUUAGGAUUUUAUUUUCUAACUUUCUAACUCCAUAAGUUCUGUGACCCAUCUGCUGCGUUCCUUCAUGAUGCUGUUUGCUCGCCAGCGUUGUCCGUCUAGAUUAUUUGAUCGAAUAGUUUUUGAACAUAAAUGGUUGCAUUUUAUUUAUUUUGAGGUUUUAGAGUAAAAGGGGCUGGACACAAACUCACUAUUUGCAUUUUUAUUAGUAAGACAUUUUAGAAAAACAUAUUUCCACUUGUUUUUUACUACUUUUUGUUGCUCUGUCACAUAAAAUCCCCAUAAAAUAUGUACAAGUUUUGUUACAUGAGGUGAAAAAGUUUAAGGUGUAUGAACAAUUUCUCCAAAACUGUACAUAUUAAGAAGUUUGCUUUUGUUUUAUUUUGGCAAAUGGUUAAAUGUUCAGCCGUUUUUCUUCUAUUUCACUUGUUCUGCUCCUCCAUAUAUUUUUGUGUCGCAAGCAGAGUUUUGCUCCUCUGUUGCACCGACAUGCUUUAUAAUGCACUGAACUGAGUCUGCAGAUAAUUAAAUUUAUUUGGAGCGCAUGUUGCCCCGCAUAUUUCAGCUGCAGCAGCCUAUUUGUUUAAGUGCUACUCUGACUGUGGGUCACAGAAGGAAAAACACGCUGAUUGGUUGUGAGUGGGCUGUGGAGAGAUUACUGCAGGGGUGUCCAAAGUGUGGCCCCGGGGCCGGUUUGUGGCUGGUGGAAUGAUUCUGUGUGGCCGUUGUCCACAAUUCAGGAAUAUCGGCUUUAUUUCAGCGUAUUGGUAACUUUGAUAUGCUUAGAGGAAACUAAAGUAAAAUGCUGCAGACAAAUUAGAAUAGUUGUAAAAUAUGAAUGGUUUGUGUUGCUCAAAUUUUCUAUUUUAUCAACCAAAUGUUCUGCUUUCAUUUUAAUUUGACAGCAUAUAACUCCACAACCAACCAGCCACUUUUACUCAAAAGUAGAAUUGGAGCACAUCCCUUCAUUAGAGAUUUAAAGCUGCAGUAUGAAGCUUCUUUAAAAAAUAUAUAUAUAUAUUUUUUUACAUUUGUUGAAACUGUAACUGUCGUAACAGUUUAGAAACAGAUCAUCUGUGAAAAAAAUUGAGCUUCUCCACCUUCUCCCACUGCUAACUAGAAACAACCAAUCAGAGCCAGGAGGCGGGUCUUAGUGCUGUCAAUCAACCUCUCCAUCACCCACUUGCGCUCUGCUACUCCAGCUAGCGUAGCAUGUUGUGAAUGCUCAGGCUAGUUAGCAUGUGACCAAUAACAGCAGAUAAACGGUUUUCUUGUAAUAAGUUGUUUGUCCACCAUUAGCACAUUUAGCAGGAUUACAUGAGGUUGAUUGACAGCGAUAAGACCCGCCUCCUGGCUCUGAUUGGUUGUUUUUGGUUCAUUUCUUUACAUGGCAAUAGCAACUCAUGCUGAAGAUGGAGAGAUCAAUCACGGAUUAUCUGCCUCAUAACUAACUGUCAUGGCAUCGUGAUAAUUUCAACAAAUAUGUAAAAAACAUAUUUUUUUUAUAUAGGUUACAUACUGCAGAUUUAAGAAGGUUUUAAAAGAAAAAGAGGGACUUGCAUCUUGUUCUUGUAGCUUAGAAUACAUCUAAAAUAAACAGAUUCUUUCUGUAUAGA